AUGGUUUCUAGUCUCUCGAUUGUGAUGAACGCAGCACCUGAUCUGGACUUGUAUGCGAAGAAUCUGCCUCAGCCAACAUCCGGUCAUAUCGGGCCAUUCGCGCAUGUUACGCAACAUAUUCACGACGAAGAUGAUGGUGAUGCACCACACAAAAAGAAAUACGCCAAAGAGUCAUGGCCUGGUCGUAAACCACCACAAGGC